AUGGACAGCUCGUACUUUUGGAGCUCAUCUCGCCCUCAUUACCCUUCAUUUGUAAGAGAGGUUCCCUUACAUAGUUAUCAGAAGAAAUCCCCGAAGGUCGUUACCAUUCCCGUUCACUUCGUCAGCUCGGAGAAAUCCAGAUCGGACGCGGUUCUGAAAAUACAGAAGGUGUUACGGGGAUUCUUGAUCAGGAAGAACCUCAGAAAAAUUGCUGCUAUCAGAAGAGAGGUCGAUGAGAUCGAUCGAAAGAUUUCACUGAAGGAGACGGUCCAAUUGAUCGGUAGAGACCCCAAGGAGCGGCUGAAGAUGAAUGAGAUGUUGAUGGCAUUACUCUUCCGGUUGGAUACUGUUCCUGGAAUCGACUCUGGCGUUAGGGAUUGCCGGAAGGCACUGAUCAAGAGGGCUAUCUCAUUGCAGGAAAGACUGGAUGCAAUCGUCACUGGAGAUGAUAAUAGUACGGUAGAUACGAGGGAUGGCGGAGAAAUACAGUGUCAAACCCUAGAGAUGGGGGAUUAUUCCAAUUCUCCGUCGUUCAAGUGCCAAAGUGUCGCUGAGGAGCUCGUUCGAACCCUAGAUACUAAUCAGUCUACCAAUUCUUCAGCCAACUGUGAAGGCAUGGUUAAUGGAACGCUGGAAACCAAAGAUCUUGACGAGUCGUUGGAUGAGAGCAGUACAUUAGGAGAUGCCGCCGAUCAAGCACUGGAUGUGCAAUCUCUCGUUGCCUCUUCAGCUAAUUCAGACGACCAGGAACCGCUUCUUGGAGCUACUACUUGCCAAAAUUUAGAACCGGAAGCUUCUAAUGAAUCUAGAGACGACAGAGAUACACCAGUUGAAGCCUUAAACAAUGCAGGCAGAGAAGUUCACGCCUUCGAAGACAGUGAAGCUGUAAUAGAAAAGGACACCGAAGCGGAAAACAUGGCGGAAUCCUCGGAGUGUUCCCACCAGAGUAUGGUUGAAGAAGGUGAGGGGGAAACCCUAAAGGGACUCGAAGAUGUCAAGGAAACCAACUCGCAACCUGGCAUUACUAAUGUAAGCAACUUGGAUGGAUCUCCUUCCGCGGAAAACAGAGAGAAGAACGGGGACGACAUCGACAACAAGGGGAAGGAUCUGAAUCUGAUAGAGAGGAUGGUCGAAGAUAAUGAAAGGCUGACGGGUUUGAUGACCGAACUGUUGGAACGGAACGAAUUGCAGACAAGGUUGAUAAGUUCACUGUCGCAAAGGGUCGAACAGCUGGAGAGAGCUUUCGUGAGUGAGAGGUUGAAGCGCAAGAAGAAAAGGCAGGCUGCAGCCAUGACUGUCGAGAGGCAGGGUACGUCUCCGGAUCCCAGAAAAUGCGUAAAGAAAUCAUCCUGA